AUGGUGGAAGCAGAACGAGACAUGUUACAGGUGGAUUUCGGUGCUAUUGGUGACCUUCUCAAAGUUCGGUUUGAAGCAGAUGGAUCUGGUGAUGAACCGGAUUAUUACUUGGAAUGGAUCGAGCUACGCGAUCUUGACACUGAGGAGAGGAUUGCUGUAAGGGUCGGCAAAUGGAUGGACAUCACCGGCAAGCGCACGAAGAAGCCUCAAGCGUUUCGAGAGAUCAGCAUCUUCCGAUCUGGGGAUCAACCUUUGGAAAUGCAAAAUUACGAUGGCAAAGUUCUCGGCGGCGAUAUGAGUCUGCUUGAAAACGGGAAGCUAGAGGCACAACUCGUCGGUGAUUUUAGUGACAGCGGUGUAUUCCCGCUAAUCUACAACGAGAAGAAAAAGGUGAGCGAGAAAAUGUGA